AGUUGCACAAUGGAACUCUGGUAUUUGUGUGUUUUAGGAUUAGCAUUUCAGGUAUUCUCAGCGACUGAGAGUUCUAUGGUCAAGCUUGUGGAUGGUGGUUAUGAAGAUAUUGUUAUUGCAAUUGAUCCUAGAUUAGAAGAAGAUGUAAAACUCAUAGAAAAAAUUCAGGAAAUGGUGAAAGAAGCAUCAAGUUAUUUAUUCUAUGCUACAAAAAAAAGACUUUAUAUUAAAAGUGCAAAAAUCUUACUUCCAAUAACUUGGUCAUGGAAGAACUACACCAAGCGUCGAACAGAGUCAUAUGAUAAGGCGGACGUUAUCAUUGCCAACCCUUACCUGAAAUAUGGAGAUGACCCAUACACUCUACAGUAUGGAGACUGUGGAGAACCAGGAAGAUAUAUUCAUUUAACACCUACAUUUUUACUAAAUGAUAAUCUUCUAUCAAUAUAUGGACCUCGAGGGAGAGUGCUUGUUCAUGAAUGGGCUCACCUUCGAUGGGGAGUCUUCGAUGAAUACAACUAUGACAAACCGUAUUAUAUCUCAGGAGAGCAAAAAGUUGAAGCAACAAGAUGUUCUACUGAUAUUCUGGGUGAAAACAUUAAGCACCCUGGCAAGUGCCAAGGGGAUUGCAAAGUGACAGCGUGCAACUUCGAUCCUGACACAGGUCUAUAUGAAGAAGGCUGCGUCUUUGUUCCAUUAAAAAACCAACUGGCCAAGGAAUCCAUUAUGUAUAUGCAGGCACUACCCUCUGUAUCUGAAUUUUGUAAUGAGAGUAACCAUAACAUUGAAGCUCCAACCCUCCAAAAUCGAAUGUGUAAUUUCCGAAGCUCUUGGGAUGUCAUCAAAAAUUCAACAGAUAUAAGUUCUACAGCUCCACUGAAUAUAACCAAUAUUCCAGGUCCUACCUUCUCACUGUUACAAUACAGAGAUAGAGUGGUUACAUUAGUGCUUGAUGUUUCUGGAAGUAUGGCUGGUGAUCGUAUCCAGCGUUUAUACCAAGCUGCGGAGGUCUUCAUUAUUCAAAUUAUUGAAGAAGGGUCCUAUGUUGGAAUUGUAAAGUUCUCUAACACAGCAUCUGUCACAUCAUCAUUAACUCAAAUAGUCAGCAAGGAACAGCGACUGAAGCUAAAAAGUCUCCUUCCAAACACAGCAAGUGGGGGAACAAAUAUAUGUGCUGGGAUCCUUUCUGGCAUUGAGGUAAAUAAGAAGCUGGAUGGCACCUCACAUGGCAGUGAGAUAGUGUUACUAUCAGAUGGUGAAGAUAAUCUAGAUACCACACUUUGCUUUCCCGAGAUAUUAUCAAGUGGAGCAACACUUUAUUUCAUAGCACUGGGACCAAAUGCAGAAAAAUCUCUUAACAGCAUCAUACCUGUUACAGGAGGAUUCAUAUAUUAUGCAACAGAUAGGGUAGACACUAAUGGAUUAAUUGAUGCAUUCAGUGACAUUUCUUCCGGAAAUGGAAACAUUUCACAGCAGGUUGUCCAGCUGGAGAGUACUGGACAAAGUCUUAAGUCAAAAGAAUGCUUAAAUGGUACAGUAUUCUUUGACAGAACAAUUGGGAAUGAAACAUUCUUCCUUGUUACAUGGCAGACAAAUGUUCCGUUUAUCAAUUUACAAAGUCCAAAUGGAACAAUAUAUACCGCACUUCAUUUCACCAAUGAUACAACUUCCAAAUCAUCACGACUACAAAUCCCAGGAACAGCACAGACUGGAGCUUGGUCUUAUAGCCUCUGCAAUUUAGGUGCAUCCAACCAAGUAGUUGGGUUUGUUGUAAACUCUAUGGUCGUUGAUGCAAAUGUACCACCUGUAACUGUAAAAGCUCACAUGAAUGUAGACACAAACUCUUACCCAAAUCCAAUGGUCGUCUAUGCAUCCGUAAGUCAAGGGUUACUGCCUGUAAAGGGAGCAAAGGUCAUAGCAACUAUUGAAUCUGCAGCAGGAAUCUCAGAUGAUUUGGAGCUCUUCGAUAAUGGAGCAGGUCCUGAUAUUACAAAGAAUGAUGGUAUAUAUUCAAGAUACUUCACUGAUUUCAAAGCAAAUGGGCGAUAUAGCUUAAAAGUCCGUGUUGAAGGUGUAAAGAAUAGAAGCCGUCUGGCAGUUCCUGCGAGUAAAGCACUUUAUACAUAUGGAUACAGGGAAAAUGGAACAGUAAGUAUGAAUCCAUCAAGACCAGUAUUCAGUGAUGACAACUUAAAUAUUGGAGAAUUCAGUCGUACAGCAUCAGGUGGAGCUUUUGAAGUAAUUAAUAUACCUUCUAGUAUGCCAUACGAUAUCUAUAAACCUGAGAAAAUUACAGAUUUGGAUGCAAAGAUAGAAGGACAAAAGAUUGUACUUUCCUGGACAGCAACGGGUGAUGAUUUGGACAAAGGAAAUGCUUCAAGGUAUGACUUACGAAUGAACACCGACAUCAGAGAACUCAGAAACAACUUCAAUGCAUCUUCUCCAGUUAACAUCUCCAGCCUGACACCACAACCAGCUGGAUCUAGUGAAACAUUUUCAUUUGUACCUGAAAAUGUGGUUAUAAAAAAUGGAAGUAUAUUUUAUUUUGCAAUUGUUGCAAUUGACAAGGUUUCACAAAUUUCAGAUCUGUCAAAUAUAGCCCAAGCUGCUCUUUUCAUUCCUCCAACACCAGCUCCUGCUGUCACAACACCAGCUCCUGCUGUCACAACACCAGCUCCUGCUGUCACAACACCCAUUACUACUGUCACAACACCCAUUACUACUGUCACAACACCCAUUACUACUGUCACAACACCCAUUACUACUGUCACAACACGCGUUACUACUGUCACAACAAAAAAUGCAAGUUCUAAACCAGUAUCCAUAUCAGCCUCAUCUCACACUCCCUCAUGGGAAUAG